AGUUUGCACAAUUAAGAAAAAAGAUGAAGGAAUGUGAUGUCAAGAAAGAACCAGGCUUUAGUUAGAUACAGAGUGUAGGGAAGAAUCAUAUGUUUUUGGUUGGAGACGGAUUCCAUCCGCAAGCUAAGGAAAUCUUUAGCUUCGUUAAGGAGAUGAUGCUACCCAUGAUCAAAGAGUGCAAUGAUGAUGCUCCAACAACCAUCCCUGAACUAGCGUAUCAAGAUGAUAUUCCAUUGAGGGCAUAGCUUGCAGCUUGGUUGGUU